AUGAACAUAGCUCGCUCUCCUGCGCUCUCUCGUGUCGCGUCAUCGUUGUUAUUAUCAAGAUCAAUUACACCCUCGUCGUUUCCUGUAUUGUUCCCGAGGGGAGGUGGCAUAACCUGCGAUUGGAGAGGCAUCUCAUCGCUUAUAAAAAGCGAAGCACAACUUAGAAGGAUUACCGUGAACCCGCCUCCGAAACUUGUGAAGAAUAACCAGCAGAUACGAAUGGCUUCGAAAAUUACUGACUGGGUGAAGCCCGGCGAUACCAGUGGCGAGUUCAAGCGUCAGGUCAGCUCGUUCCGUGAUUGGAUUUCUAAAGAGCCUGGCGCAAAAUUCCCGCCCGAGAAGGGGAGGUAUCAUCUUUAUGUCAGCUAUGCUUGCCCCUGGGCUAAUCGGACUUUGAUCGUGAGGAAACUGAAGGGGCUCGAGGAUUUUAUUUCAUUCUCUAGCGUCCAUUGGCAUAUGGGGGAUAAAGGAUGGCGCUUUCCCACUCCGGAAGACACGGACGCCGCAGGUGAGAACGUGAUCCCGGACCCGGUUCCGGGUCACGAGAAGUAUACCCACCUACGGGACCUCUACUUCGCGGCAGACCCCAACUACGGAGGGCGGUUCACCGUGCCGGUGCUAUUCGACAAGAAGGCGAACACGAUCGUGAAUAACGAGAGCAGCGAGAUCCUGCGCAUGCUGAACCACGUGUUCGAUGACCAGCUGCCGCCGGAGUACGCCAAGCUCGACUUCUACCCGGAGCCGCUCAGGGCGCGGAUCGAGGAGGCGCACGGCUGGAUCUACGACGGUAUCAAUAACGGCGUGUAUAAGAGCGGCUUCGCGACGACGCAGGAGGCGUACGAUCGGAAUGUUACGGCGCUGUUCGAUGCGCUGGAUAGAGCGGAGAAACAUCUUGCUGAGACGGGCGGGCCGUAUUGGUUUGGGGAUACGAUUACGGAGGUAGACAUUAGGCUGUUCCCGACGCUCAUCCGGUUCGACCCGGUAUACGUCCAGCACUUCAAAUGUAAUCUGCGCGAUAUCCGGUCAGGGUACCCGCUUCUGCACAAGUACACCCGGAACCUGUACUGGAAGCACCCGGCCUUCAAGGAUACGACGAAUUUCUUGCAUAUUAAGAAUCACUACACGCGCAGCCAUGUCCAGAUCAACCCACAUUCUAUCACCCCCUUAGGCCCUGUGCCGGAUAUCUUGCCCCUGGAGGAGGAGGUUACUGCUGUGAAGGCUGCUUUGGCGAAAUAG